GUAAAGAAAAUGAUGAAGGUGAAGGUGAAGAAAAUGAUGAAAGCAAAGGUGAAGAAAACGAUGAAUAUGAAAGCGAAGAAGAUGAAGGUAUAUUUUCAAGAGAUGAGUUGAAUUCUGAUGAUAAGCUAUAUACUGAAAAUGUAGCAGAUCAUGAAGUGUUGGAUAUGGAUGCAAUAGAUAUUGAUACAAUGAAUAUCGAUGAAGUAAUGUAA